GCCUGCCCCUCUGUGCUGGGCACUGCUGAGACCACACCUCGAGUGCUGUGCCCAGCUCUGGGCCCCUCGUGAAAAAGGGCACUGAGGGGCUGAGUGUGUCCAGAGAAGGGCAGCGAGGCUCACGAAGGGUCUAGAAAACAUGCCCCAUGAGGAGUAGCUGAGGGAGCUGGCUUUGUUCCGUCUGGAGAAGAGGGAGGGAGGGACCUCACCGCUCCCUCCAACUCCCUGACAGGAGCGUGCAGUGAGGUGGGGCCGCUCUCUUCUGCUAGGCCUGCAGUGAGAACCAGAGGAAGUGGCCUCACGUUGAGAGGAAAUUCAGAACAAGAACAGAGAUAAAACAAAAAUGAACACUCAAGAGGUGCAGGUAAAUCAGUGUGACUUGAAAACAGAUCUAAACUUACUACUUGAAUGCCUUAAAUAUCAGAUGGACUGCCCUCUGUCUCAGAAGGAGGCUUUGAUCACUAUCUAUUCCAUUUGCCAACAAAACAGUGAAGCGAGCGAAUACUUUCGAGAAAUUGGUGGUUUGAUGUUUAUAAAUGACCUUGCCAAGUCGAGUGCUCAUGGCAUCGUAAAGGAAGCAGCUUUAUUUACAUUGGGGAUUAUUAUAGAGAGUAAUGUGUAUUGUCAGCAGACUUUGUGUACUUCUGCAUUGUUUGAAGACCUCAUUUUAUUUUUAAUUAAAAAGGAUUCUGGUGUGAACUUGAAAAGAAUGUCUGUUUAUGUCAUCUUAGUACUGGUUUCAAAUAAUAAAAACGGGCAAACCUGUGUCAGAGAUACAGGCUGCAUCAGCCUGCUGCUGCAGUUAUUCAGAACAACUCUCUCCACCUCUGAGAAGAACGUGUCAGAUGAAAACACUGAUCCCUGCUAUCAGCUCUGGUCCUCAGUGUGCAGCACUCUCUGUGCCUGUGUCAACAACCCCCAGAACGAAGAUAAUCAAAACAUUUGCUGUUCGGUUUUUCCCUAUGCCAAGGAGUGGCUCGAGAGUUGCACAGAGCCUGAGAUAGUUCGUCCCAUUUGCUCAUUUCUUGGUCUCACAGUUGCAAAUAACUCAUAUGUGCAGAAAUAUUUUGCUUCUAUCGGAGGCUUGGAUACAUUAGCCAAAGUUCUCCUUGAGCUUAUGCAUGAUUCCUGUUUGAGUCACUCCAGCGUGAAACUUGCAGUGGUAGUAACAAAGACUCUGGAUGCCUGCAUUGCUAAUAACUCUGCCAUGGGUGUUGUCUUGGCAAAGUAUCACACUGUGUCAGAGCUGCUGAAGCUGCUGUCCAACGAGACACUGAGCACAGGAGAAAAAGUCAGUAUUAUUCUAACAAUUGGACACUGUACUGAAGUUUGUGAAGAAAACCAGUGUGAGCUGCUUCAGAACAAUGGUCUGCCACUUAUGAUUCAGGUAUUGACAGAAUCUCAGGACGAGGAACUCAUCAAAGCUGCUACUUUUGUGCUGCAGAACUGCAAACAAAUGACUGAACAGUUGUCUCUGAAAUUAUAUGGUAACUCAUUAAAUGUGAACAAUGCAGAAGAAUUGGACGUACAAGUGAGAAAAAGAUGUCUGCAAGACUACUGGAAGAAAGCAAAAGAAAUUUUACACAGAAUUAACUCAAUUGAAAAACAGCACGAUGAGGACAUUAUUGAGACUGGUAGAACAAUGAAAGCUCUGCUUUCAAAAAUGAAAGACAAGAAACCAAGGAUGGUAAAAGUCGUAAGGUACAAGGAUAUAGCCACUAACUAACAUAUUCAACUCAUUUGAGUGAAUAGUCAAUGUAUGCUGACAGGUGCUUGUUUGGCUUGAAUUUGGGAGGGGAGGAAGCAAAUGCAGGAGGUAAUCCUUACCCAGCUGCUGAAAAAUUAAGUGUUUCUUAAACUGGGAAAUUUACCCGUGCACUACCAUCUUCACUGCUCAAAUUCAUAAAAACAAGGUUUUAUGGCUCUUCCCAUGUAGUCCAUAAAGUCUGAUGGAUUCCCUAUUUCUUACUUUAUGUUUGAAGGAAAUUCAUCUCUUUCUGUAGGUUUUCUAACACCACCUCAGUUGCCUCAAUACUAGAAUGACAACACUCAGAAAAUUACUUAAUAUCCUCAACUGUAGAAGUUUCCAGAAUCUAAGAGUCUGUCAGCACUGGGAAGGUGACUUCAGGUAGCAUUCUCGAUCUGCUUUUAGUAGAUCUCUAAAAGGAAAUUUUGUGGAAUAUCCCUUGUGUCUCUUAAGUAACCGCAAUGCUUUAUGAAAACAGUUGCUUUAAGCAUCAGUUAUUCAGACAGUCCUUCUAGUGACUGUCCAGGAGGUUCUCAAUUUCU